AUGUGCAGAGAUUUGGUUCGGAUACAUAAUCUCAAGUUUUUAUGUCUUUUGGAAGCUAAGGUGCUCGCCUCCUAUGCUGAUGAUGUUUGGUUCCUUAACACUCAUAAAGUUUUUGACAAUGAAGAGCAUUGCCACAAUUUUGGUUGUUCCCCAUUAGGAAGGAUAUGGAUUAAAUGGGACCCUUCUUUUGUCUCAUUUUCUCCUACCUUUCUCUCAUCUCAACUUAUUCAUGGCAUUAUUUCUAUGGGAUCUCUUCCUCCUUUUCAGAUCUCGGUUAUUUAUGCUGCAAACAGUUUUGAAGAAAGGGCAUCUCUCUGGAAUAAGAUUAGGGAUUUAAUUCCCUCUUCCCCCACCCCUUGGAUGGUUAUGGGGGACCUCAAUUGCUACAGAUUUCAUAAUGAGAAGGCUGGAGGGAAUGUUUUGGCCUCGGGUAGGCUUCAAGAACUUAAUGGGACCAUUUUUGAUUGUGGUCUCCAUGAACUGGCUUCUGUUGGAUUGUUUUACACUUGGCAUAAUCAAAGAUCGGAUCAGCCUAUUCAUAUCAAGUUAGACAGAGUUUUGGUCAACUCUUAUUUUCUUGAUCACUUCCCCCUAGCCCACUACAAAGUCACUCCUCCAUUAUGUUCUGAUCACUCACCGCUUAUUACAAAUUUCUCCUCCUCCAACCGGCUGCCCACUCGGUUCUUAUUUAAAAACUACUGGACCUUCAUGGAUGGUUUUUGGGAUGAUGUCCUCAAUUCGUUUUUGCAGCCUCCUGUUAAAGGGCCUAUUUGCCAUCUUCACCAAUGCUUACAAAAUCUCAAAGGUGCUCUUAGGAGGAGAGAGUGGGCCUCCUCCAACCACCUUUCCAACCUUACCCUGGAACUUAAGAACAAACAGCAUAUUUGUUUAGAGCACAUUCAAAACAGGCCUCUUGACUCUUCUUUAAAUGCUGCUCUGAAAGAAAUUAAUAGCAAUCUCGCUGGCCUGCAAGCUUCUUGGUCUUCUAGGGUCUCUCAACGUGCCAAAGCUAAGUGGCUGUCUCAUGGGGAAGAUGAUCUGGGUUUCAUGUAUGCAAAAAUUCGGGCUAGGAGGAAUCAUAAUAACUUAUCUGAGAUUGCUGAUACCCAUGGAACUCACUCAAACCCUCAAGAUAUUGCUUCUGCCUUCAUCCGCCACUUUAAAAACCUCUUCAAUAUAUACCCCCUCUCCCACUAA